UCCAUCUGCCCAAGGUCUUUGCUUGCUCGACCUUUACCGUUCUUCAACAUUUCCUCUUUUCCAUCACUGUCAAAGCUUUCACACUCUCUGUCUCGUACCUCCAUUUUUCUAACUAAGCGUUCUCAUCACUUGGGUUUCGGCUACAGAGAGGUAAGCCUCAUCUUUGUAUUUAGAUUUCCUACAACGGUCAUUUUCGUUUUCCUGGACAUGUUUCCCUUGGUUUUGUUUGUUAUUCUUCUCUGCAACUCUCAUGGUCUAGUGGGUUCUUUGAGUAACGAAGGCUAUGCCCUCUUGUCAUUCAAACAGCGCGUUACAGAAGAUCCAGAAGGGUCUCUGAGUAACUGGAACUCUUCUGAUGAGACCCCUUGUUCAUGGAAUGGGGUUACAUGCAAAGAACAAAGAGUUGUGUCUGUUAGCAUUCCAAAGAAGAAGCUUUAUGGGUUUCUUCCUUCUGCUCUUGGAGCUCUCUCUCAGCUCCGCCAUGUAAAUUUGAGGAACAAUAAGUUCUUUGGAACCUUGCCUGUUGAGCUCUUUGAAGCUCAGGGGCUACAAAGUUUGGUCCUUUACGGGAAUUCCUUAUCCGGGUCCGUGCCAAGUGAGAUUGGGAAGCUCAAGUACCUACAAACCUUAGAUUUAUCCCAGAAUUUCUUCAAUGGGUCUUUACCCGCUUCAAUUAUUCAAUGCAAGAGACUCAAAGCCCUUGUUCUCAGUCAAAAUAAUCUCACUGGUUUUCUGCCAGAAGGGCUUGGAACUGGCUUGAUCUCUCUAGAAAGACUUGAUCUCUCAUUCAAUAAAUUCAAUGGUUCAAUUCCUAAUGACUUGGGAAAUUUGUCUAGCUUGCAAGGCACUGUUGAUUUCUCUCAUAAUCUUUUUUCUGGUUCAAUCCCAGCUAGCCUUGGAAACCUUCCUGAAAAGGUUUAUAUCGAUCUCACCUAUAACAAUUUGAGUGGGCCUAUACCCCAAAAUGGUGCUCUGAUGAACAGAGGACCAACAGCUUUUAUUGGGAAUCCUGGGCUUUGUGGCCCUCCAUUGAAGAACCCAUGUUCUUCGGAAACUCCGAGUGCGAGUUCACCUUCCUCAAUUCCAUUUUUGCCAGAUAACUAUCCGCCUGAGAAUCCUGAUGAUAAUGCUGGAAAGAGUGAGAAAGCAAGAGGGUUAAGUAAGAGCGCUAUAAUUGCAAUUGUAGUGAGUGAUGUAAUUGGCAUUUGCCUUGUAGGGUUGCUGUUCUCGUAUUGUUAUACCAGGGUUUUUGCUUGUGGUAAGGGUAAGGAUGAAAAUGGUUAUGGCUAUGAGAAGGGAGGUAAGGGAAAGGACUGUUUGUGCUUUAGAAAGGACGAAUCAGAGACUUUAUCAGAACAUGUUGAGCAGUGUGACCUUGUGCCGUUGGACACACAGGUAGCUUUUGAUUUGGAUGAGCUUCUUAAGGCAUCAGCUUUUGUUCUGGGAAAGAGUGGAAUUGGGAUUGUCUACAAAGUUGUGCUUGAAGAUGGGCUAACCUUAGCUGUGAGGAGAUUGGGUGAAGGGGGUUCUCAAAGGUUUAAGGAAUUUCAGACAGAAGUAGAAGCAAUUGGAAAGCUAAGGCAUCCUAAUAUUGUAGCUCUCAGAGCCUUUUAUUGGUCUGUCGAUGAGAAGCUGCUCAUCUAUGAUUACAUACCUAAUGGAAACCUUGCUACUGCACUUCAUGGGAAACCUGGAAUGGUAUCAUUUACACCACUGUCUUGGUCUGUUCGGUUGAAAAUUAUGAAAGGAACUGCAAAAGGCUUGGUCUAUUUGCAUGAGUUUAGCCCCAAAAAAUAUGUCCAUGGAGACUUAAAGCCGAGUAAUGUAUUGCUUGGAGAGAACAUGGAACCCCAGAUUUCUGGUUUUGGACUUGGGCGGCUUGCUAAUAUUGCUGGAGGGUCCCCAACCCUGCAAUCUAAUCGAAUGGCCACAGAGAAACAACAAGAGAGACAGCAAAAGAGUGCAACCUCGGAUGUUACUACAAUUAGUUCAGCUACUAAUAAUGUCGGAUCUAGUUAUCAAGCUCCUGAGGCACUUAAAGUGGUGAAACCCUCACAGAAGUGGGAUGUUUAUUCGUAUGGGGUGAUCUUACUAGAAAUGAUUACCGGCAGAUUGCCUAUAGUUCAAGUGGGUGACUCGGAAAUGGAUCUUGUUCGUUGGAUUCAGCUCUGCAUUGAAGAAAAGAAGCCACUUUCAGAUGUUUUGGAUCCAUAUUUGGCUGAAGAUGUAGACAAGGAAGAGCAGAUUAUCGCAGUUCUCAAGAUUGCAAUGGCUUGUGUUCAUAACAGCCCGGAAAGGAGACCAGCAAUGAGGCAUGUCUAUGAUGCUUUAGACAGGCUUGCCAUGUCCACUGAUUGAGAAAAUCCAAUAAAGCUACGAAUCUGGCCAUUGGUGAAGCUUGCCGUUUAGUUCGCUGAUAGAUACAGGGUUUGGUGAAUUUUCCUUUUUCCUUUUUUCUUUUUUUUUUUAGUAAAACGAAGAAGAAGAAAGAAUGAAUGAAUCAUUCCAGAAUUGAAAAUGGGGGCAGAGAAAAUGAUGUAAUUGUGUUCAUGUUCUUAUUCUCUGUAAGAUUCUCUUUGUCAAUUGUCAAUCAUGGGGGGCUUAGAUGAAUGUAGGUAUGCUACGAGAAGUUGACACUUAGCGAGCUGGCUGGCUGUUCGAUUCUUUCUGAAAGAAUGUCUCUUUCGUCUUGCUCUUAGCAGACCUUUUCAAUGUUUCUUGUUUGUAGUUCAAUGAAGUUGAUUACUCUGUUUGUUGUUUC